GAUCAGCUUUACGUCGGAUUUUGCCUGUGUUUCUCAUCCUGGGCGUGUCAAUACCCCUAUUUCGGACUUAAAGUACCUGCAAAUCCAGGAUUCUACCAGAACAUAUAACAUCACGAGCUCCAAUGAACCGAUAUCGAAACGCCCCGAAGCUUGGAGGCUCCAACUCCAACAGAGCCACCGCGACCACACUGUGCCAAAAAUGCCUUGGACGAGGACACUAUAGCUUUGAUUGCAAGGCAUCCGCGCAAGAGCGCCCAUACGUCCCGCGACCUUCAAGGACUCAGCAGCUACUGAACCCAGAAUUGAUGCCCAAGCUUUCAAGUGACAAUCCAAAUGAGCUGCUGCGGAAAGAGGGUGUAGCGGAUGAUCUACUUGCUACCCGGGAGGAAGAGCGUGGCCGGAAGAGAGACCUUGAGGAUAUGACAGAUCGCAACGCUCAGUCUCCGAAGCGGGCUAGGUCCCUCUCGGUGGAAACGAUAUCCACGAAUCGAUCCUAUUCCUCAUCUCCCCGCCGUAACAAACACGGCGCAGACAAAGGUCGCCGAGAUGAUUCAUCAGCACCACCUGCAAAGUCCCGAAAGAGACGCUAUAGUGAUUCUACAGAGGGUUCUUCCGGGUCAGUCCACUCGGGACCAAAGAACCGCUCACCCUCCCGGGAGGGAACCGACGAUCGAAACACUCGGCGACGGAGACGAGAAUCUAGCCCCGAAGAACGAGGUCGUCACCGUGGAGCAGGAAGACAUAGUGAGCGAAGAGACCGCCGAAGCAAGAGUGUGGAUAAGGAUCGAGUGAAAGAAUCACGUGCUACGACUCAGGAUGUUCCCCGGGACCGUUCAUACCGUGAUCGAGCAAGCCCAUCACGCCAGUCUCGAUCUGGAUGGUCUAGGCCUGAUCCCAUAACGCAGAAGAACCAGCCUCCUCGGGAACGAAGCUUGAGUCCUUUCAGUAAGCGCCUUGCUUUGACCCAAGCCAUGAAUAACGGACGGUAA